GGUUGCCUUGGACGACUUUUGCCAUGAAUUGCAUUGAUGAAAUCGAGGGAUUGAAGAUGAUUAUGGAUGGCACCAUCCAUAUGGCACCCAAGCAAAGCCAAGUAGGCGUUGGACCUGUCGUUCGAGGGAGAGAACCCGGCCAGAACCAAAUGCGAAGAAACAUGGGGGACUAUGCCGAGGUUCACGGACCCUACAGAGCCAAUCGCGGGUAUUCAGCCUCGCUGCAGCCUCUACAAGUCCACAACGGUCUGUCUAAUCCACCGCGUGCGUCCACCCUGAGGGAAUGUGAGCUCAUCAUCCGUCAGCUGUACAACACCAACCGUUCACAGUCCCAGCAAAUUGUGCGCUACAAGGAGUUGCUGGAAGAUAUUGUGCUCAACAAGAGAAAGAGAAUCACCCCCGAAAACUACAACCUGACCAAAGCCUUCCUUGCGGAUGAUAUUUGGACCGGCAUUGCCCUCCCGGCGCUCACGCAGGGCCUCAACUCAUCUGUGGCGGAGCGCCAGAGACGGAAUCGCGCCGUGCACAGAAGCCACGUCAAGGGCACGGUGCGAUGAGAUGAUCCAGAUGCUCACCUCUCAGCUGCAACUACGGGGACAUGCAAAGUCAGUGUCCGUGUGAUGUCACGGAUCAAACAGCCAAUCAA